AGCUGGUCCGAGAACCCAAAAAUUUGUUGUAAUAUUUGUUUAUAUGAUUAAUACGUAAAAUGUAGAUUAAAUAAUGUAAUUUUGUGAUUACAUUAAGUCAACAGUGUAAUCAAAGUGUAUUUAUUGUUAGCCACUAGCGACAGGCGGUGCUGAGAUGGAAAGCUCAAUGGACUCGGACUGCGAGGGGGCGGCAACAGCUACGUUGGCAGAUGACUCCGGUAUCUUUAGCUAUUCCAGCGAUGAUGGCUCCAGAAUUGAUCAGGACAAAGAUCAAAAAAUGUUUCAGGUGCGACAGGAGCUUAUCAAAUCGCGCAGCGAAGUGGAGCGCCUUAUCAGAUCCGAGCAAUGGUACAAACAAGAACUCAAAUCACAAAAACACAAUCGUCUGGAGACCCUGGAGCGUCUCUAUGCACUGGAAAGAAAAUAUUUACAAGAGAAUCAACGUCUGCAACAGGAAUCUAAGCAUCUUCAGGCCAAAUGUCUAACGCUGGAGCGUCAACAGCGUGAGGGGGAAGAGAAAAGAGAAAAAAUCUGCCAAACGUUGUCAAAACCCAGCGAGAAAUAUAGUGAAUCCUUUGAAGCUCAACAGCAGGAGGCUCGUCUCAUGGAUCAGCGUCAACUAAUUGAUGUCCUGCGUAGACAAAAAAAGCAUCUCCUAGAGGAUAUACAACGCUUGAGUCUAGAACACGAUGAAAAGCUAAUGAAAUUACAACAAUCUCUAGCCGGUUUAGAAAUGGAAAACAAACACAUGACGGGCAAGUUUAAGCAGCUAAUCGAUGAGAAGAGCCAACUCGAAUAUAAUCUAGAAUUGAGGGACUCCACAAUACGUGCUGUCCAAGCCGAACGGGAGCAACUGCGUCAUGUUAUCGCCGAGCUAAACGAAACAUUGCAAACUCAAGAGCAAUUGCUUGCAUUGAAAGAACAAGAAUACCUCGAUCUCAAGCAAUAUUAUCAGCAAAAAUUACUAAAAGAGAAUAGCCUUGACUUGAUGCAUAAUUAUAGUUUAAGAUUUCACGAAGAGAUUAACCACAAGACCCAUGAAAUAGCCAAUCUUAAGAAUUCGCUCAAUGAAUUGCAAACAGAGUUAGGUGUCAUGUCCGAUUUGGAGGCACAGAAUGAAGAACAAUUAAGACAAUUGGAGAAAUUGGAAUUUGCCCUAAAGACACAACAAUUGGAGGAGACUGAAUUAAGAAAAAGUCAAGCCUUGAAAGAAGAACAAAUUGAGCAACUAAAUCUAGUAUUGACUAAACUGCAAGUUGAAAAGGACUUUCUUAAUGACACGCUCUUGGAAACUCGAGAACAAUUGAGAAAUCUUGAAAAUGAGAUUCAAAUAUUAAAUAAAAACUAUGCCGAAUUGUGCGAGAAAUGCGAGAAAACCAAAUUGGAAAUGACCAUAGAGAGAAAUGAAAAUACGCUAAAAGAGAAAACUCUUCAUGAUCAAUUGCAAAAAUACGAGAACAAAUGUGACGAACUGAGUAAAUCUUUGUCAUCGGCCGAAAAUCAACUGGGUGUCUGGCAGGCGAGAAUACAGAAUCUUGAACAACAGCCAGAUCUGAAUGAACGUAUUGAGUGCCUGGAAAAACAAUUGAAAGACAUGACAUUACAGAAGCGACAAACAAUUUCCCUUUUGCAAUCCCUGAUCCAACAGCAGGAUGCAAAAAUAAAGACAACCAAUCAAAUGGAAACUGACUGGCUGCAGUUACAUCAAACCCUUGAAGCUUCGCAUAAACUGGAACAGUCGACACGUGAUCAAUUGGAACAGAAAUCCCAUGAAUUGGAGGAACUCAAUGAGCUAUUCGCUGCACAAAAUGAAGAGCUCCAUCAGCUGCAACAGUUGAGUAUGCAAAAGGAUCAACAAAAUCAACUUGAACUUCAGCAACUGCGACAAACAUUCCAAGAGAGUUCUGAAUUGCAUACAACCGAUGCUCUGAAAUUAAAAGAAUUGCAACAUCAAGUCAAAACUCUGCUCGAAGAGCGUGAAAAGAAUGCUCGACAAGAUUACAGGGCUGCCGAUUGUUUGCGUUCGUUGGUCCAAAUAAUGGAAAUGGAAACAGGACGUCGCAUACAAAAUGUUAAAGGUUGGCCCCAUUUGUCAAAAUUAUUGCGCAAAGAAUUGCGACAAGCUCGAAUGUCCAACCGGAAAGCCGAAGAAUUGCCUAACUUGAGAUUACAGCUGGCUGAAUUGAGUGCCAAGCAUGAGCAGUCUUUGGCCAGAAUAAAAGAAUUGGAGAAAACUUUAAAUGCCGAACGCAUACGUUUUAAUGCCUCCGAUUCGGGUAAAUCGACAGCAACAGCUCAUCAGGAACCCGCCCAUGAAGUGGCUAAUCUAAUUGAUGACUACAAAAAGUUGAUUCAACAGACAGCCAACGAGACGGGUCGACCGCGUAACAGUUAUAUAUUGGAGCUGAUUGAACGAAGUAAGGAAUGUCAACCAAGUUUGUGCCAAUUAGGCGAAGGAAUAGCCGCUUGUCAUUCCGAUGUGCUAAUGCUCAACAAAUUGCUGGCUGAAAGAGAGCAAAGACAAAUGGUGAUUGCGCCAUCGCUAAUGGAUGAGCUAAGAGCUGUAACUGAGCAAUCUUAGGUAAAGGAUUGUGUUCAACAAUUAGUCACAAAUUUAAUAGCAGAUGUUCAUCUGCCUAGACUAGUCGGUCUGGCCAUGUCAGUCAGUCUGUGUACAUCUAAUUACUUUAGUUUUAAAAUUGUCAUAAGUUCUGACUGUUCGAAACGUUUUGGCAAUGUCCGUGAUGAGUGUCUAUAUAGACCAUCUGCUAUAACUUAUGUUAAUCUUAUCGGUUUUUUCGAUUAGGAUUACAAAAAUGUUUAUAUUUACACUAUUUUUUGAUGUCUUGAUCUAGAGUUUAUAAUGACUGUCAAAGCACUGCAAUAUUUUUUUUUUUGUCUAAACUUUGGAGCACCAAAGUUCAUAUUUUGUUUUUUGUAUUAAUACCCUGUACUCUUUCUAGAAGGGGUACAUCAAUAUGGCUCACAUUUUAGCCUUAGAAGGUUCAACAUUUGUCUCAAUAUUUUGUCUGUGUCUUUUGUAUUAUCAACAAAUCCUAAGAUUCUAAAAUUAGAUUUUACAUAGAAGUUUUUGAAACUGAAAAAUGGGUUUAAAAAAAAAAAAAAAUAAAAAAAAAAUUGAAGGUUUAGUAUUGAGUACAGGGUUAUACGUAGUCGGUAAGCCGAUUAGUUAAUAGAAUGAAUUUUUGUUUUUUUUUUUUAUAUACAUAUACAUACA